CCGUUUGAGCGACUUUGUGCCCUGCACAUCCCUCUCUCUCUCCCUCUCCCCCUCUCUCUCUCUCUCUCUCUCUCUCUCUCUGAGUCCGGCCCGCAGUGAGGGUAGCAGGCAGGAAGUGCGUCCUUCUCCUCUGGUGCAGUCCGGUUCGCUCGUGUGGUCCCGCUGCGUGCAAAAGCACCGGCUCUGCUCAGUCUGCAGACAUGACACCUGCCCUCCACGUCUGUGCCGUCAUCUUCGCCUCAGCGCUCCUGCAAACUGCGACACCAGCCCUCCUCAAUGACACUAUUUAUGCAGUGACUGUGAGCUCCCGCUUGACGGGGGGUAAACAGGAGACCCUGUGUGCCCAGAUCCACGGCCCCACAGAGCCCGUCUCUCUGACUGUCCUCCUCGAGGUGAACUCUGGCACCACCAUCGUUCUAGCGGAGGCCGUCAAGCAGGACUUUUACCGCUGCGUCGACUUCCAGGUCCCUACGGUGCGCAGCAGACUGGUGGCAAACAUUAAUGUCACAGUUCAGGGUGAGAGCGCCUUGAUGAGCAAGAAGACCAAGGUUGUCAUUGAGCCUCCUGGUUUUAUGCACAUCAUUCAGACUGACAAACCCAUCUACAAACCUGGACAGACCGUCCAGUUUCGAAUCGUCUCCCUGGAUGCCAACUUCAUCCCCGUAGCUCGAGUGUACAAAGUGGUGGAACUCCAGGAUCCCAAUUCAAAUCGCAUUGCCCAGUGGUUGGAGAAGUCCAUCGAUGGCGGCAUCCUUGAUCUUUCCCACCCCAUGAUUCCCGAGGCGGCACAAGGAACCUACAUCAUCUCUGCCUCAACAGACAAAGGAGAGCAGAUCUCCCACAGCUUUGACAUCAAGGAAUACGUUUUACCAAAGUAUGAGGUGAAGGUUCACCUGCCCAGUGUGAUAACCAUCCUGGACCAAGAGGCGACGCUAAAGAUCUGUGGAAAAUACACCUACGGCAAACCAGUUAUUGGUUCAGUCAAGGCGGUGUUUUGUAGAAACGCCAUCCGGUUUUACUGGUAUUCACUUACCCAAGAAAAUGAUCUCUGCAAGACUUACCUGCUGACCACGGAUAAAACUGGUUGUGCUUCACAAAUUAUGAACAUGACCGAGUUCUCCCUCAACAAGAGCAUGUACGAUGACAGUUUUGAUGUGAACGCUGAAAUAGAAGAGUAUGGCACAGGGGUCGUUCUCAAAGGCAGCGGGCGGACCAGCUUCAGCAGCCACAUCAGAACCGUCACCUUCGAGGACGUACCUGCAGCGUACAAACCUGGCAUUCCCUUUGAGGGGAAGGUGAAAGUGGUCGGUCCAGACAAUAAACCUGUCGUCAACGAGCCAGUGUACCUGUUUGCUGGCGAGUCACAAAACGCGACCCUCACUACGAACAGCUUUGGCAUGGCUUCGUUUUCUCUGGACACCUCCCUCUGGAAGGACUCUGUGAAUCUGAAGGCGAGCUCAAAAAAGACGGACGAGAAUGAACCGUACGUGCCCAAUGUGCGCAGACCAGAGUACAGGUCGGCCCACCACCACGUCACGGCGUUUUACUCCAAGAGCAGCAGUUUUCUGAAGCUCAUGCAGGUGAGCGGGAAGAUCUCCUGUGACGAAGACGCAACCGUGCGCGCUCAGUACAUCAUCCAGGGGGAGGAGCUAAACAAGGGCCAGGAAGUCCUCGACUUCUUCUACCUGGUGAUGUCCAGAGGGGGAAUUGUGCAGCACGGUCGUGUCCCAGUGAAUGUUAAAGCAGGAUCAGUCAACAAAGGAGAGCUGACCAUAUCGCUCCGACAGGUGACAGACCUGUCACCUUUUGCCCAGGUGGUGGUUUACACUGUGAUGCCCAGUGGAGAGGCGGUGGCCGACAGCCAGGACUUCCCCGUCCAGCUCUGCCUCAAUAACAAGGUGUCUCUGAAGUUCUCCUCCGUCCAAAACCUUCCAGCAGAGAAGACCACGCUGAGUCUCCAGGCUCAGCCACGCUCCAUCUGUUCCAUCAGAGCCAUCGACCAGAGCGUCCUCCUGCUGCGGUCGGAGCAGGAACUCACCGUCGACUACGUGUACAGCCAGCUGCCUUUACAGAAGCUGUCGGGAUACUCCUACGAGGUCGAGGACUCGGAGCCGUAUCCCUGCUUCCCUCUGCCGGUGCCGGAGCCGGAGAUCGAGCUCGAGCUCGAACCCGUACCAGAACCGGAACCGGAGCUGGAGCCGGAGCCGGAGAUCGUGCCUGACGCGCAGGCGGCCCGUCGAGCGGCGCGCUCAAUCUACUUUGGGCCCAACAAUCUGAAGAAUGACGUCUACAGCAUCUUUAAAGAAAUUGGGAUCAAAAUUGUGACCAACUCUGACGUGAAAAAACCGUAUGACUGCCGUGACAGGGGAUACGAUCGAUUAUAUUAUGACAUGGAUCGCGUAGACUCUCCCGUUCCCAUGGCCUUCAACAUGAUGCCACAGAGUUCAGGUGGUGUGCUGAAAGGUAAAGAUGAGGAGAAGAAGGAAAUCGUCAGGACAUUCUUCCCUGAGACCUGGAUCUGGGACCUAGUUACUGUGGGAGACAGUGGGUCAGUGGACGUGGAGAAGACAGUCCCUGACACCAUCACUAAAUGGGCUGCCGGAGCUUUCUGUGUCUCCUCUGUCGGCUUCGGCGUGUCGCCUAACGUUGGACUGAUUGCCUUCCAGCCGUUCUUUGUCAGUCUCACUUUGCCCUACUCCGUCAUCCGAGGGGAAGUCUUUACACUCAAAGCCACUGUCUUCAACUAUCUCUCCAAAUGCAUUAUGGUGAAGGUGACACUGGCUGAUUCAGACAGCUACACCUUCAGAGACUGUGAUGGCUGCCAGUACAGUGUGUGUCUGUGUGGGGAGGAGAGCAGGACCUUCUCAUGGAUCGUGACUCCAACCGCCCUUGGUAAGGUGGACCUGAAGGUCAGCGCUGAGGCCCUGAGGACUGAUGUACUGUGUGGGAACGAGGUGGCCACCGUCCCCGACAUGGGUCAGAUCGACACAGUGAUCCGCACCCUGCUGGUGGAGGCGGAGGGAACACCACAGAUGGUCAGUCACAACGCCCUCCUCUGCCCAUCAGAGGGGCCGGCGGAGAAGAAAAUCUCUCUCCUGUUGCCUGAGAUGUUUGUGGUCGGAUCAGCCAGAGCCUCCGUCUCCGUCCUGGGUGAUCUGAUGGGCCGGGCCAUGAAGAACCUGGACAAGCUCCUGGCCAUGCCGUACGGCUGCGGGGAGCAGAACAUGGUGCUGUUCGCUCCCAACAUCUUCAUCCUCAACUACCUGAAGAGCACCGGUCAGCUGACCCAGGAGAUCCAGGACAGGGCGACACGCUUCCUGGAGAGUGGAUAUCAGAGAGAGCUCACCUACAAGCACGACGACGGUUCCUACAGCGCCUUCGGGAAGAGCGACGUGUCUGGAAACACCUGGCUGACCUCUUUUGUGAUGAAGUCCUUCGGUGGUGCGAGACCGUACAUUUUUGUGAAUCCCAGUCACAUUAAAGAUGCGAGGAGGUGGCUGUCGAGACACCAGCGACCCGACGGCUGCAUCCGAUCUGUCGGAAAACUCUUCCACAACGGCAUGAAGGGAGGAGUGAGCGACGACGUGUCCCUGACGGCCUACAUCACCACCGCCAUGCUCGAGCUGGACGCCAACGCCACGGAUCCCGUCGUUCAGAACUGUCUGCGCUGUCUGAAGGAAGCGGUGGCCGGUCAGCUGGACAACCUGUACACCACCGCCCUGCUGUCGUACACCUUCAGUCUGGCAGGAGACGAGGAGAUGAGGAGCAAACUCAUCACACUCCUGCACAGGAAGUCCAGCACACAAGGAGGGACCCGUCACUGGGACAGAGCCGUGGCUUCUAGGAAAGGCCUGGACUCCCUGGAGGUGGAGAUCACGUCCUACGUGCUGCUGGCUCUGCUCUCCGGUCCAGCCAUGCCAGAAUUUGGUCUGGACUACUCCUCUGGCAUCGUCCGCUGGCUGGCUCAGCAGCAGAACCCGUACGGCGGCUUCUCCUCCACACAGGACACGGUGGUGGCCCUCCAGGCGCUGGCUAAGUACGGAGCUGCCACCUACAGUGUGGAGGGCAGCACUACAGUGACGGUGACGUCGUUAGGAGGCCUGAACAAAGAGUUCACGGUGGAUCAGAGCAACAGGCUGCUGUACCAGGAGGAGAAGCUGAGUGAGGUCCCAGGAGAGUACACCAUCCAGGCCCAGGGUCAGAGCUGUGUGCUGGCACAGAUCUCCAUGCAUUACAACGUGCCCCCUCCCCCGGACUUCUCUGCCUUCAACAUCUCCAGUAACAUCAUGGCCAAGUGUAACACCAGCAGGCCGCAACUCAUCCUCUUCGUGGACGUCAGGUACCAGGGCAGGAGAGAGGAAACCAACAUGGUGAUCAUCAACAUCAAACUGUUGUCGGGCUACAUCCUGGAUAAGAGCUCCCUGAAACUGCUGAAGAGCGACUCCUCUGUGAAACGUGUCGACGUGGAGGAAGGAUUCAUCAACAUCUACUUAGACGGGCUGAAGAAGGAUGAGACAAAGAUAUACAGUGUGACACUGGAGGAGGAUCAGCCCGUCAGGAACCUCAAACCAGCUGUGGUCAAAGUCUAUGAUUACUACCAGACAAGUGAUGAGGCCGUAACUGACUACACAUCCCCCUGUGCAGAGAGUGACAGCGUCAACGAGCUGUAAACAUCCAUCCUGCAAAGUCCCGACGUGGCUUGUGUCAGUUAGAAGAAUCACUGUGUUCAAGAAAGAAACUUAUAGAUGUUUAUUUUUUUUUCUUACACUGUUUCUUUAAUGUCUUUUUCUUUUUUUUCUUUUUUUACCCCUUUUAAACUUUUUUAGCUGUUUCAGUGUUUGAACGCCACUUUCUGUGUAAUUUUAGGAACAGAUUUAAAUUUGUUCCACUUCCUGGUUCCAUGGUAGGAUUGUCAUGAUGUCAUCAAAUGAACCUAUAAUUAGUCGACAUGAGAAUCCACUCUACCGUCUCUCUCUCUCCUCAUCACUGGAUCCUUCUGAAUUCAAGAAACACAGACGACGCUCUGUAACAGUUUUGUUUUUAAUAGAUUUGACAAAAUCCAUAUUAUUCAUACCUGAAAGUGACGCAUGAGACGUACAGGGUACCAAUAACACAGUAUGGUUUGAGUAUUGAUUCAGAGUGUAUGUGUGUAAGUGUAAGUUUGUGUGUGUGUGCGUGUGUGUGUGUGUGUGUGUGUGUGUGUGUGUGUGUGUGUUUGAAACAGGAACUACUUUCUAGAAAAAAAUAAGUACAGUCACGUGAGUGCUAGGUGAGUUAUUCUGUGUGUUCUGCUGUACCAGUAAUAAAAAAGGUAGAUCGAUACAUCACUACCAUACAAUUUUAAAAUGUAACUGACUGACAAUAAAAUUUCUAAAAUGACAAAAAUAAGUAAAAA